GGUGGGGGAAGUUGGUGCAUUUCCCCGGUGUCUCUCUCUCUUCUUUUUUGCUUGUGACACCACUUAAAAAAAAAAAAAAGACUUCUAUCUCUUAUUUCUUUUUUCAUUCAUUAUUAAUUUAUUGUUUAUUAUUAUUUUAAAUUUUUUUUUUUGGUGGGGGGGGGGGGUUGGUGAACCAACAACCCACCCACCUACCCACACUCCCACGGAUACACGACACCCACUAAAACCAGGUCGGUCACCAUGAGGUGCAUCCUCCCGGCGCUGCUGGAUGUGUUGCUACGUGGACUCGUCAUCUAUGCGGUACUCGGCUGCUCUUCCUCCAGCGGGCUGCUCGAUGCUGCAGCCGUAGCAGAUCCCUGUCUCAUUGUGAUGCCGCCAUGCAUGGGCGAGGCCGACCGCUUCAGUCUGGAGGCGCUGCGGCACAUCCACAAACAGCUGGAUGACGACAACGACGGAGGGAUAGAGGUCAACGAGAGUGUGGAGUUUAUAAUAGAGGACAUGAAGCAGCAGCAAACCAACAAGCACAGCAACCUGCACCAUGAAGACCAGCACAUCACAGUGGAGGAGCUGUGGAAGGGCUGGAAGACGUCUGAAGUCCACAACUGGACGAUGGAGGACACGGUGCAGUGGCUGAAGGAGUCGGUGGAGCUGCCGCAGUACGAGAAGAACUUCCGGGACUUCCGGGUCUCGGGGAACACUUUACCUCGAAUGGCAGCAAAUGAACCGUCGUUUAUGUCGAUGCAGCUGAAGAUAUUAGACCAGCGGCAUAAACAGAAGCUGAACCUCAAGGCCCUGGACGCGGUGCUGUUUGGUCCUCCGCUCCGUCCACAACACAACUGGUUGAAAGACUUUGUCCUGAUGGUUUCCAUUGUGAUCGGUGUGGGGGGGUGCUGGUUUGCCUACGUGCAGAACAAGUCCAGCAAGGUGCACAUCUCUCAGAUGAUGAAGGAUCUGGAAAGCCUGCAGAACGCAGAGCAAAGCCUCCUCGACCUGCAGAGCCGACUGGAGAAAGCUCAGGAGGAGAACCGCACGGUGGCGGUGGAGAAGCAGAACCUGGAGCAGAAGAUGAGGGAUGAGAUCAACGGGGCCAAGAAGGAGGCUUAUCGGCUCCGGGAGCUGCGAGAGGGAGCUGAAUGUGAGCUGAGCCGCCUGAAGUAUGCUGAGGAGGAGCUCGUACAGGUGCGAAAGGCCCUGAGGAGGGCGGAGAAGGAGAUGCAGUCGGAGCGCUCGGUGCCAGAAGCUCUUCAGAAGUGGCUGCAGCUCACACACGAGGUGGAGGUUCAAUACUACAACAUCAAGAAGCAGAACGCGGAGCUUCAGCUAACCGUCGCCAAAGAAGAGGCAGAGAAAAUCAAAAAGAAGAGAAGUUCUGUGUUUGGAACUCUUCACGUAGCCCACAGUUCAUCACUGGAUGAGGUGGACCACAAGAUCCUAGAGGCAAAGAAAGCCCUGUCGGAGGUGACGGCGUGCCUGAGGGAGCGGCUGCACCGCUGGCAGCAGAUCGAGAAGCUCUGUAACUUCCCUGUGGUCAGUAACUCGGGGCUGCCGAGCCUGACGGCCAGCCUCUACUCAGACCACAGCUGGGUGGUCAUGCCGCGAGUCUCGGUGCCUCCCUACCCCAUCGCGGGGGGAGUGGACGACCUGGACGAGGACACGCCUCCCAUCCAUCCACAGUUCUCCUCGGCCACGAUGAUCCGUCCCUCGCUGACACGCAACAGCAGCAUGUGCCGCUCCCGCCGCAGCCUGAUGAACUCCCCACAGUCCACCAUGAUGUCCCCGGACCCCGACCUGCUGUCCAUGGCCAGCUCGUCCCUCUCCUAUCGCCCCGAGGCCGAGGACGAACAUAUCAUGUUCAGCUCGGAUAGGAGGGGGUAUGUAGCGGUGGCCGGGACGCCGCGGAAUGGUUUUAAAGUUUGGACUUACAGGGAACCGACUCAGGAGGGCGGCUCCGACACAGACUCCCUCAACUCGUCCAUGGGCCGGAAGCCGCCGCACAACCCCUGCACGCCCGGGUCGGAGACCCCGUACCGCAAGAUCUCCCGCGAGGAGCUGCUGCUGUACAGCCACAGUCCGGAGCUCGCAGCGUGCACCCCCCACACCAGCAGCAGCAGCAGCAGCAGCAGCCUCAGGGACUCCACGCCUCCCCCUCUCCCCCCGACCCCGGCCACCACCCCGUCAGGGCCGCCGUCCACCUCGCCCUCCCCGGCCAUGGAGCACCACCCGUUUGCACACAGAGGCUCUCCUGACCUCACCCACAUCCUGCCCGAGUCUCAGAGCCUGACCUUCACGCAGGGGGGCGUCACCUCGCCCACGGGGAAGGGCGUGUACAACGGCAUCCUGGAGAAGUCCUACAGCUACGGGCAGCUGCCGGCCAGCAUGCUGCCCAACGUGGGGCGCAACCCGUCUCUGACCUCCCUGGACUCGGAGGGCCGGAGCGUGGGAAGGGAGCACAAGCUCCAGAGCAACUCCUCCCAGGACUCCAGCGACAAUGGAGAGAGAAUCAAGCGCUCCUCGUCUAAAAUCAAAAGCCUAUUUAAGAAGAAAAAAUAAAACUUAGAGAGCGAACGAGAGAAAUAAGAUAAGUUGUUUUAGCCUGAAUACUAAUAAAAAGGACAUCACUAUAAGCUAAAACAUUUCAUUUUCUCUCCUAAGUUAUUUUGUUAUCAGAGAUGGAAUGUAGCUCAGGCUGGACGCCCUCAAACCCUCCAGACUGUCGCCUUAUUUUUCAAUAAUGCCUUUUUAUUUAGUUCACUCAGCAGGGAAACCUGCAGAGGUCACGGAAAGGUCAAUCAGACGCCACACACGACCUGGUCGCUGUCUUCUCUUAACGUUAUCGUGUUUCACUGUCGAUGUCUUGUAGAGAAACAUAUCUGCUGUUUGAAUCGCACUUUGAAAAGCGACAGCAACACGUGAACAACACCCAGAAAAAAAAAAGGUCCUAUAGUAGAUUUGGGGAUAAUGUAUCGUGUUUUCUCAAGUGUCCUAAUUUACGACUGAGUAUAAGGGCCCACUUACAGGGAAAAUCAAUCUGAGAUAACGAGAUUAAAGUAUGUUUAAGGACAUCUGGAGCAUCUUGUUAAAUUAAACUUUGGCAUAUGUUUAACUUAAAUAACAAAAUAAUUCAUCUCGAUUUAACAGGAGUAUUAAAAUGCGAGCUUUUCCAAGGGAAUUCUUAGUUUCUCGAGAAACAACAAAAGAUAAAGACCCUCUUCUUGAUAAAUUCUCUAAUAUUUAUUUUCUGUAACAUGGCCCUAAUACUCAGUCGUACUAAUCACCCCCCCCCCCUUCCUGUUCAAAUUAUGAAUUGCAUCUUAAACAGUCUUCGAGUGCUAAGCUCCUGUACUUGAUGAAUUUUCCUUUUGAAAAAGAAAACCCUGCUCAAAACUUUAUUGCACUACUGCUUUCCUGGUAUCUUGGGAAAGAGCCACUGCUGGCGGAGUACAUAUUGAAUAAAGAUCCAGAGACGAGGGGAACACAUGGGCGGCGGCAGGGAAAAUGCAGCGUGUAAUCUUUACUGUCGCCCUCCAUUAUCCUCUCAGAUAUAUAAAUAAAUCUCUCUCUAUAUAUAUAUAUACGUAUACCUUGUUUUCGCAUUACUAGGUUUAGAUUGGUGGGGGUCCCUAUGAACUGAAGAAAGUCGAACGAAUAUGCAGAUCUAACCAGUCGUGUCCCCUGUACUCUAGCUCUGCCUCAUUACUUGACAAACUGCAUUCUGUAGCCGUUCAAACGACCAUUUCCAUGUCUCGUCUUAAACUCUUCAGAUCUAAAAAAAAAAAAACGCUUGAUGUCACGACCGGAUGUUUGUGUGCGAUUCAUUCUGUUCCGAGUGCCAUAGUCGUGUAUGAGGAAGGAUGUGAGAUGAUGUAAUAUUGAAAAAAAUAAUAAAUUUGUGUAACUGUCUCGACUGUGGUGAUGUGGCCUCUACCAUCUGUGUUCCACGCUUUUUUUUUUAAAGGACAAACUGUAAACGAUUAUCUGUUCGAGCUGAGGGACGUUUUUACAUCAACAACCAAUCGAAACAUCAAGACUUGCCCCCCCCCCCCCAAGCUCGAGCUCGACCUCACGUCUGGCCCUGCACCGAGCGCACUGAUGUCAACCCGUCCAGCUUCACACUGUGAUUUCUGCCUUCAUCCCAGAUGCCGGCAGAGACUUGAUGAAAGGUCAUGGGGUUUGGGUGGGGGGGGGGGAUGCCGUGCAUGAGGAUCUAGUGGCCUCUGUUGUUAAGAACAUAAUAAGAAGGUCGUGGACAACGCAGCACACAAUGAAGGAAACGAAAGACGAGGGGCAAACGAAUGUUUACGAGACACUAGGGGCUUUUUUUGAGAACAUUUUGUGUGUGAAUAUUUGUAUACAGUAGAAAAACUAAUAAAAAUGGAGGCAUUGGAGAAGUUUA